CUCCCCUACCCAUUUUCAACAUGGCGACGUUGAAAUUAUUUUGUGCUAAAAAAUCAGGGGAGAAUUUAUUAAAGAACUUAGUAAGACCAACAAGUAUUGUACAGUCAAGGUCACAUUGGAAGGAUGUCGGUCAGCAGAAAGAAAACAUGGCAUGGAAUGACAUUGCUCUUAGAGCAGCUAAAGCCUCUUUUUUUACUGAAAUAAUGAAAGGUUUUGGCAUGACAUUUGCCCAACAGUUAAAAGAACCAGCCACAAUAAAUUACCCCUUUGAGAAAGGUCCUCUUAGUCCAAGAUUUCGAGGAGAGCAUGCUCUGAGGAGGUAUCCAUCUGGGGAAGAAAGAUGUAUAGCUUGUAAAUUAUGUGAGGCUAUAUGUCCUGCUCAGGCUAUAACAAUAGAGGCUGAACCUAGAGCAGAUGGUAGUAGAAGAACAACCCGAUAUGAUAUUGAUAUGACUAAAUGUAUUUACUGUGGAUUCUGUCAGGAAGCUUGUCCCGUUGAUGCUAUUGUUGAGGGUCCUAAUUUUGAAUAUUCAACAGAAACUCGUGAAGAAUUAUUAUAUAAUAAAGAGAAAUUAUUAAGUAACGGUGAUAAAUGGGAAGUAGAAAUAGCAGCCAAUCUUCAAGCAGAUUAUUUGUACAGAUAAAUACCUUAGUGAAUCUUUUGUUUUAUUAUUGGAAUAAAUUAUUUGUAAUGAAUUCUGUCAUACGUUAAAUAUAGUGAGUACUGGGUAAGAUCAAAACAUAAACAACCCAUUUUAUUUUUGGGUGGAAUAAAUGGUUAUUGAAAUAUAUAAUCC